AUGAUAUCAGCAGGAAGCCUCACCUUCCUGGCGACACCGUCAAUCCAGUCUGUCCUUCCGCUUUCGGACCUGCCAGAGACUGUCGCCAACCUGGGUUCCCAUAACAGUCGUGUCGAACAACCGGGUGCCGCCGCCGCCACCGCCGCCGCAUCUCUCACCAUGCAUCAGAGGUACCGCCUCGAGAGGACGGUCGACGGAUCGUUCCGGAUCAGCGUGGAGGAGUGGGACAGGGUCAAGGAGCGCGAGCGCCUCCUGGACGAGGACAACCGCCGCCUCUCGGCCGACAACGACAUCCUCCGGGCCGACCUGACGGCCGCGCAGGGUGAGGUGCACCGGCUGUCGACGUGCGUCGUGCCCGAGCUCGAGAAGAAGAACGAGACCCUGUCCGCCGACAACCAGGGCCUCCGCCAGACGGUCGACAAGGCCGCCGACCAGGCAGCCAAGUACCAGGCCGACCUGGACGACGCCGGGCAGAGGGCCGACAGGCUCGAGAGGGAGAACAACGAUCUGGGCGCGGCCAAUGCCGAGCUGAGAGAGAGGGUGCGCGAGCUGGAGAGGGACCACCACCACGACGAUCGUCACCGUCACCACGUUCCACUGGUCCGCGACCUGAGGUACUGGAGGGAUGAGGCGCACUUCUGGAGGGCCAAGUUCGACGCCCUCGUCAAGAAGCACAAUGACAUUAUCGAGGUCCUUGCCCUGCGCACCAGGCGCAUGGAGUCGUAUGAGGAUAUGCUCAAGAUGAGAGGGAUCAUAUAG